AUGAUGAUGAGGGGAGGGGUGGAGACACACGCGCUUAUUAUAAAGACACACGAACAUGGAGCGGACGAGACGCUUGAACACGAGUCACGCGCCAGCGGCGUGCUGCAGGCGGCGGAGGGGGCGCGCCUGGCGGCCGGCGUGUGGGGUGCCGGCGACCCCUCCGCCCCCGAGCUGCGCGGGGUCCCCUCCGCCCCCCCGUCCGUGUCGUCCGCGGGGUCUCGCGAGCCGCACAGCGCCGUGUACACGCUGCUGGCGGACACCUCCCGAACACAACGCCUCUGCUCCGCUGGAACGAACAGAGGGAUGUCUUUUAUAUGUAUAUUGAACACAUUACACACGGAGAUGGCUGGUCAGAGUGGACGCAUCCUCACCGACGAGGUUGUGCAGGUUGUCGAUGACCACCUCCGUGUUGUAGGUGGCGUCCACGGCCCGCUGCAGGAAGGCGGUCCACGUGCUCAGCUCUGCUUCCUGGCAACCAAAGAUUCAUUACAUCACUUAUAUACUUAUGGCCGAGGGUGGUUGUUAAUUAACAGGAGACCGGUAGCGAGCGAAGCCGCAAGAAUACGAGCGGUCAGAGAUUACCGGGGUCGGGUUACAGGAGCGACGCACGGGCGGGGACUAGUGACACGAGGAGCUGUGAGUACAUACAGACACCGGGCAGCUUUAAGGGUCGAGCUGAAGGGGCUCGACACAUCAUACAUUAAUACCGGAGGGUCAAGGCCGGCCGGCGCGCCUGAUGUCAUCCCAGAUGGUCCUGCGCCUCGCGUCAGCGCUGGCUCCCGAUAA